AAAAAUUAGAAUUGAACAAAUUUCCUCAAAAGGAAUGUUGUCCUAAAGUACAUUAGUUCAAAUAAACAUUGGUCCGAUGAUAGGACACCGAAAAGCCAAGAAACGAUUGAUUGAUUAUUCUCAAACAAAUUGAAGACGACAAACACAUGAAAGUGUACACGCCUUGGCGCUAAAUUUUGUUUUGUGGAUUCGCUGUCUUGAAAUCCUUAAUCCAUGAAGUAAAUCAACAAGUUGUAAAUAAUAAAAUUUUAUACUGUAAAUGACUUAAGUUUUAGACUUGAAAAUGGAGCCAGAGGGAGUUGACGAUACCUUGGAUAGUGUUCAUGUUGAUACUCUUCUCAAAGCGUGGAAGAAACUAGGUGAGAAGAGCUCUACCACGGUUCAUAUCUUCGAGAGAAACGAUUUCUUUUACUUCUUCGAGAAAGACGGAGAAUUGGCGGCGAAACAUGCUUUCGGUUCCGUGACUGCAACCAAAACUAUGGGGAAGACCAACCCGGUUUCCUUCUGUGUGAUGAACCACGCAAACUUCGAGUCUACCCUGCGCUUUAUUCUACUCGUGAAACACUUCAGAGUUGAGAUAUUCAAGUUCGUCGCAGCUAAGGGAGGAAAAUUAGCAACCUACGAGCUUGAGGUUCGAGCUUCUCCGGGCAAUAUUUCUGCUGUGGAACAUGUACUAUACGGAGAAUCUGAGGUGGUUGGAGAUUGUAACUAUCUGGUUGGGGUCAGGCUUCAGGGUGGGGCUGAUCAGCUAACUGUUGGUAUUGCUGCAGUAGAUACUAGUCUAAACCAGAUCCAGGUUUGUGAUUUCACUGAUGGAAUCACCUUUCCUAACCUUGAGUCUGUUCUGGUCCAGCUGAACCCUAGAGAGGUAGUUAUACCACAGUCAGAGCAUCCAGGGCUUAAGAAGAUCAAGCAGAUCCUGGAGAGAAACCGAAUACUUGUCACUCCUAAGCCAAGCACCGAGUUCACACCCCUGGUUGAGUCGGAGAUUAAGCGUCUGUUUAAUCCUAAGACAAUGAUUGGUUCCCUGUCUGAGAACCCUGUGUCCAGUAGUGCCUGCUCUGCAGUUCUCAAGUACCUGGGACUUAACACAGAGUCAGGGGAUGGAAAUCUGUUUAGGAUCGAUGUGUUGAAACCCUCUGAGUACAUGAGAUUGGACCAACGAGCAGUCCACGGUCUGAAUCUGUUCGAUGAACCUGGGCAUGUCGGAUCUUCAGUCUUCAAUAUUCUAAACAAAACCAGAACCCCUGGAGGUUCCAGGCUACUCCAGUCUUGGAUUAAACAACCCCUGAUCCACGUUGAUGCGAUCAAAGAGCGACUGGAUCUGGUAGAAUGCUUUGUUAAGAACUCCGACGCCAGACAAACUCUUUAUGAAGACCAUCUACGGAAAAUGCCGGAUUUCCAGAGAAUUUCAACUAAAUUUCAGAGCAAACGAGCAUCUUUGCAGGAUAUGUACAAAGUUUAUAUUGCUGUGAACAAACUCCCUGGACUGAAGGAUAGUCUGGAUUCUUUCGGCGAGGAACAAUCUCUUGUUCAGGAAAACUUCUCCAAGGACAUAGCUGAUGCAUGGAAAGAUUUUGAGAAGUUUCUCCAGCUUGUUGAAACUACCCUGGACCUGGAUCAGGUGCGGAGUGGACAGUUUCUCAUUAAACCUGAGUUCGAUGAGGCUCUGGGAUACCUGAGACAAGAGUUGGAUACUGUUGAUUCAAGGAUUCAGAAAACUCUGACCAACUGUGGUAGUGAGCUGGGACUGGAACCUGGCAAAGUUUUGAAGCUUGAGCACUCGUCCAUUCACGGGUAUUACUUUAGGCUCACCAUGAAGGAGGAGAAGUCUGUUAGGAACGACAGAUCCUACACCAUCAUCGAGGCGAACAAGUCCGGUGUUAAGUUCCGAAAUAAUAAACUUGAGCAGUUGAACGACGAGCACUCUGACCUUUCCGUGAAGUAUGAGAACCAGCAGAGCGCCAUUGUGUCCGAGAUGAUCGGGAUUGCCUCCGGGUACGCGGAUGUAAUGAAUCAUCUUGGAAUGAUAAUAUCUAAACUUGAUGUGAUAGUUUCCCUCUCCUUGGCUGCUGUUUGUGCUCCGAUACCGUAUGUUAAACCUGAGAUUCUACCUCCGACCCAUAGAAAACUUUACUUCUCCCAGCUCCGGCAUCCUAUCCUUGAGCUUCAGGAUCAGAUCAGUUUCAUUGCGAACGACGUGGAGUUCGAGGAAGGAACCUCAACCUUCCAUAUCAUUACAGGACCUAAUAUGGGCGGGAAAUCUACCUAUAUCCGGUCUGUUGGAGUAGCUGUGCUAAUGGGUCAGAUUGGUAGUUUUGUCCCUGCCGAUCAUGCAACCUUCUCCGUCGUUGACUCCGUGAUGGUUAGGAUUGGAGCCUCAGACUGCCAGGUCAAGGGAAUCUCAACUUUUAUGGCGGAGAUGUUAGAGACCUCAACGAUCCUGCAGAGCGCUAUUCCGAACAGUUUGAUCCUGAUAGACGAGCUGGGUCGGGGAACCUCAACCUACGACGGAUAUGGGAUUGCAGUGGCGGUGUCAGAGCACAUUGCUAAGGAAAUUGGAUGCUUCACGUUGUUCACUACACACUACACAGAGCUUACACAGCUGGCCAAAGAAAUAGAUACAGUGAAAAACUACCACGUGACAGCUAUGGUAUCUGAGGAAAAGCUUACUCUACUUUAUCAGAUCCUACCCGGAGUAUGUGAUAAAAGUUUUGGUAUACAUGUUGCCAAGCUUGCUAAUUUUCCUACAGAUGUGAUCGACGACGCGAACCAGAGACUAGUCAGACUGGAAAGUGGAGUCAUGGCUUAGAAGAGCGGUCUAGAUUGGCAAAUAAGGAAAGGAGAAGGAGAGAGACUGAAAUAUUAGAUCUAUGUGAUUAAUAUUGAAAUAUUUACAGAA